GGGGGGGAACACAGGGAAGGGGACUAAUUGCAGGUGGCGAGCAUAGCUUCCAGAAGUGGCACGUGGUCAAACUCAAAUGGCUGAGUCACAACAGCAGACAUGCUAACGGGCUAUGCUGUGUUGCGCGGGAUUGGAAAUGUGAAACAUCAACAAGGUACUUCUGGAGAAUGGAUGAAUGGGUUUGUUGUGCCUUUACCCAGCUGCACACACAUGUACAUGGCUUGGUAGUGUGCGGGAUGGCAACAUGAAACAUCAACAGGGUGCUGACAAAAAUUUUAAUGCUCUUUUCAUUCCCUCUGCCACAUUGGACAAAAAGGUUUUCAUGAAAUAUUAUACAGUACUUAUAAUGCAUAAGUAGUGUCAAUAUUUUAUUGUCGGAAAAUGGCCUAAAAAGUUAUGGGCCAAAAUGCUUUAAAAAUGCAUUUUAUCUGCCCCUGGGCCUGCAUUAGGCAAGAAGUUGAAAAUAUUUUGACCCAUGACACUCCAUGGGCCCUAUCUAAUGCAUGUGUAAAAUAUGAAUGAAAUCGGUUGAGUACUUCUCAAGUUUUAGGGAUUCACACAGACAGACAGACACACAUUUUCAGUUUUAUAUAUAUUGAUUGCAAACAUAACUUUUUUAUGUAUACACCAUCUGAACAUGAUCGUUGCCAAGACACUGACUGGCCCCCGUGCACUAACACUAGUUGUCAAGCAGUGGUUGGCAACUGAGACACACACACUUAGAUGGACAUAUAUCCGUUGUCCAUGCUGGCAUGUGUUGAACAGUGUGACCAGAGCUGGCCAGUGGGGAGCUGCACCGGACUCCAGUCUGAUUUGGCAUGGUUUCUAUGGCUAGAUACCCUUCCUAAUGCCAACCACUUUGCAGAGUGUGGCUGGGUGCUUUUUUGUGGCACCACAUAGGAGCUUUUACAUGGCACUGUCACAAAUAUUUUAUACCAUUAGAGGGACUGGUUUUAACAUUUCUGCUGUGGAAUAUGGGACUUCUUGAGUACAGCAAGGUGCCAGGCAUCUGGGAUGCCUAUUUUCCUUUCUGUGGCACCAGCAGUAGUGAAGAUCACUAUCAUCCAGCCAUCUUGUUCUUGGUCUUAUCCUAUGUCUCUUACUGAUUGGCUUGGCUUGUGAUUCUUUCCUCCAACUUUCUGAUCUCUGAGUUACAUACCAUUGAGUAAAUAUCACUCCAGAGACCCUUCAGAUGAACUCCAUUUCAGCCAUCUGUAUUUGCUAUUGUAUCCUUGUGGUUGUUACUCAACAUAAAUAUUAGUUAAUGACAUGUGGCAUAACAAAAUAAUAAUGAAAAAAAAAAUUAAUUAAGCAGUACAUAUGUCAUUUUUAAUGAAUUGUAAGAUUCUACCACAAUGUAUAUAUAUAUAAAAGAGGGAUUAGGUUUUCUGCAGGCGAAACUCAACUUACAAGAGCAGUAAAUGUGUUGUGUUGUUAGGCAAGGUACACAUGUUUUAAAGCUAGAUGUUUAACAUAGAAAGGCCAUCCUAAAUACACAUGGGUUACAGCUGGGAUUAAUAAAAUAGGCUUACAUAUUGAAAUAUAACACAGAGAAUGAAUAAAGUUUAAUAUCAUAUCUCUUUAUCUCUCUGUAUAUAUAUAUAUAUAUAAUUUUUAUGUAAAUGAACGAAUAACACAAAGACAAAAAGCUAAUAAAACAUCGCAAAAGACACUAAAUACAGUAAUAGAUUACAAUUUAAAUCAAUUCAACUGCAAUUUCGUCAUGACAUCCAAUGUAGACGCCAUGCGACUGACUCAUUGCGCAUGCGUCGCCGAUAGAUUAUGGUCGCUGGAAAAAAAACUGAAAAUAGCUUCGGUUCGGUUCAGUAAGAGUAUUGAAUGUUUUCAUACAACUCUACACUAUAAAGCUUUCAGCUGAAUUUCUCGUAUUUCUGGUUGAGGUGGGGCACCACCUGCCACACACCAUCCUAUUGAGAUGGAAGAGAAUGAAUCUCAAGAAGAGAAACCUACAAUAAUCUGUGCGUCCCAAGAUGAAGUCACAGCCGCAGUGUCGGCCCUCGGCGGAGCCACAACUGCAACAGCUGUUGUCACAGAAGCUGCCGAAGCAGUUACAGUGGCAACAGUAUCCGAUGCUGCAACAGCAACCACACUCUUCCUUGACCUCUAUGCUGGAUGUGAUGUAUGUGGCGGUGACCACCUCACUGAAGAAUGUCCAGAACUUGGACUCAACACACCAGUUGGAGAGUUCAAAGUGAUGUCAAAGGCACGCCUUACACUACCGUCCAACUUGAUGUUGCUAGAACAUAUAGAUUCAUCUCUGACUGUGGUGGCUCAACAUGUGAUACCAGCCAAGACACAGUUUGGACCAUUUGAGGCCAGAAGAACAACUCAGGACCUUGAUACUGACAAUAUCUUCAUUCUAAAGAUCUUAUCUAAAGACGGUGCUGUUGUCUCUCUUGACACUUCUAACGAAAACGAUUGCAACUGGAUGUGUUUGCUGCAAUGUGCACUGGACGAGGAGGAACAGAACUGCAUUGCUUACCAGUUAGGAACAAACAUCUUCUACAACAGCAUCCGAACUAUCCAAGAAGGGGAGCAACUGAAGGUCUGGUAUGCCUUACAUUAUGCUAAAAAGUUGGGCAAACCAGUGAAGCCAUGCAAAGAUUAUAGGGUGAUGCUGUCGUUGCUAAGUGAGAAAGUUAGCAACGCUGAUGAAAUUACCUCGGAAGCAACUGUUACAAUUUUGCAGCACCAGGCUACAGAAGUGGUGUCAGUGUCUGAGGAAUCCCUGGAGAGGAUGCAAACUGACUGCGAUAAACUCUACAGGAACCACAUCUUAUCAUUAAUCCAAAGUGAGGAGAUUAAAGAGUACAAGUGCAGCAAGUGUGAAAACGUUUUCAACAGCCAGGUGGACCUUGCUAAGCACUUGAGGGCCCACCUUGUCCCCAACAGCAACCCUCGUGGGGGCAAAACUCGGAGUCGGAAAUCUAAGUUCCAUUGUUCGGUUUGUAACAUUGGUUUUGUGAAUCGGAGCAACUACCAACGACACAUGAAGAAGCACAAAGGCCAGAUCCUGCGAUGCGUGGAGUGCGGUUACCGUAGUUACCGAUUGGAUGUCAUGUGGAACCAUCUCUUCUCGAAACACAGUAAGGUGAAAUUGCAAGGCUCAAAGGGUAAUCUGUUUGAGUAUGAGGACCAGACCAGUGACGAUUUAGCUAAUUCUUUGGACAAAGGCAGUAGUGAUGACCACGAAAAUGACGAAGAAGAGGAAGUUGCUGCUGCUGCUGCUGGAUCUAAUGAUGGCAGCGAGUCGUAUAGUGAAUUGACAGAAGUGAAAACUCAGAGCUACAACAGUAAUAAUAAUAAUGAUGAUGAUGAUGACGAUGAUAACAAUAAUAAUGAUGACAGUAACAUUCAUGAUAAUGAUGCUGGAAAUGACAAAGAUACCAUUGUUAUUUCAUCUGAAUCUGUUGUAGAAAGCAAAGUAACCGAGGAUGCUGAUUCUUCGAAUAAGGUUGGCAUCUGUCAGGCAAAUUUCUGUAAUUUUGGAAAUUCUACAGAGACUACUAACUUAAUUUUAGAUAAGAACCUUGCUGAACUUGUCGAGAAAAGUUUGGAUGUCGGUAAAGACGAGGAUAUUGGAACUAAGUGUAAGAAACCAGAUAUCACCAAAAUUGCUCUUCUAGAAGCAAAGAUAUCUCUUGAAGACGGUGACCUUGACUACAAAGAUAAGGAAACUUAUCAACAUGUUAGUGAAGUGACUGUAUCUGAAGCGUUUGAACGUCUUGACGGUAUGUAUGUUAAAACUGUCUCUAAUGCUGAGUAUAUCCCUGAAGGCAGUGGUGAAAAUAACAGUAACAACGACAGCAAUGAAGAGAAUAUAGCUACUGGUUCAUCUACAGUUCAAGUGGUGCAUGUUGAAAAUGCUCAUGAAAGCAUCUCUGAAAUGUAUAAGAAUAUGAUAGGAAUGUCUCAGUCGCAGGAGGAAAAAAUGGCUGAUUCUAUUAAGUGUGAGAACUACCUUGUAGAGACUGUGAAAGAGCUAGACAUGUCUGCACAUAGUGAGGAUGAUAACAACAUUAUUAUACCGACCAUUAUAGAAGAGACUGUUGUUUGUGAUAAAACUGUCAUUGACGUAAAUACGGAGUCAGUUGUUAGCAAAGACUCUGUUGUUGAGGAAUCAAAUGUUGGUGAGAAAUUUGAAGAAGUAGAUGUUUCUGUAGUAGAAGAGAAUUCUGCAGAAAAGUGUCUGCAGGAGUCUGUGGUAAAUCCAGAGUUUGUGGUAAAGGAAACAGUAAGUACCAGUGAAGAGGUUGAAGAACGUCUGCUGGUUGACAAAGCUGUGCAGCAUUCACCAGUUGAAGAAUCAAUGCUUGAUGGUACCACUGUAGUUACAGAUGAGGUGAACACCAAAAUAAAUGAGAACAGCUUAGUUAUGGACAGUCAGUCAUUCGAGAUUGUUCAGUUAGAUGAUAAUGUUGUCAGCGUGCUGGCCAAAGAAGAAACAAAUAAUAGUGACACAAGUUGUGUAACAGCAGCUGAGACAGAGACUCAAUGCAAGGAGAACAUGUCAGAGGAUCCUGUUACAAUAAAACUGGUUGAAGAAGAUGUCAGACAAGAUUCUGAGACUAAGAGCACCAGUGCCGUUGAAGAUGGAGAUGAUGGGAAGUUAGAAAAAGCUGAUAGGUCAAGUGAGACAACUGAGAACAAAGUUAACAAAUUGGUAGAGUUUGUUGACUAUGUUGUUGCUGAUGUUGCUUGGCUGAAUAAAGAUGAUGGUGAAGGUGAGAGUGAAGGGAGUAAAACCCCACCAGAAGAGGUCACAGCAAAGAGUUCAGAGAGUUGCCAGGCAACAGUUGUCAGUGAUGUUACAGAUAAGAGUAAUGGUGCCGCUGAAGCUAGCACCACAAAAGAAGAGCCACUGAAAAAGACACGUGGACCAGGUCGGCCUAGGAAGCGCACACGUCAGGCCCUGCAUUUGGGGCGAAAACCAAAAGCCAGUUCUGACAGUGACAAAUCACAAUCAGAAUUGUCGACACCCAAGAAAGUAAAAACCAGUACUAGUCAAUCACCUGUCCAAGCUGCCUCGCCUCCCCAAAGCCUGGCACGGGUGUUACCCACACGACGUUUGAAGGGUAUUAGAACAACUGGUAACAAAGCAAUUGAUGAAGAAGAGUCAAGUAAAGUAGCAAAACCUGAAAAGCCAUUAGAGAAAAAGAUUUUGCAAGAAACUGUGAAAGUGCCUGGUGUAACUCGUCGUCGUGGGCGACCACCGAAAGCAUUGCAAACGCAGGCAACUGCCCCGGCCAACACCAGCGCAGCUGUGUCGUUGGGCAGCAGCAAGAACACAAGCAACACCACAUCAGUUGCCGUCAAAGCCAAAACUUCUCAAGAACAGUCUCCAUCGAAAAGCAAAACCUCACAGAAAGCUGACUUGGCGAACAGCGACAGUGAGAAAACACCUGCAAUUGAUGAUGAAAGCAGCAAGAAUUUGGCCAAUGAAGACACUGAUGAUAUUUUAGGUGAAGAUUCAUGUGAAGAAGGAGAGGUACUAGAGUCUGAUUUCAAGGAAUCUGAUACAGCCAAUGAGGAUAACCAAGAUAGUUCCAUUGAUUCACUGGAAUGCAAAAAGAAAUGUAAAAUUCUUGCCAAAGACAAUGGCAUAGAUAUUUUGAUUGAUAAGACGGAUGAUGUCAUUCUCUAUGCCUGCUGCGUCUGUGGCAAAAGAUUCACCAACAUAAAGUACCUGAAACUACAUGCACCAGCGCACACUGACCGCUUUCGUUGUGAUCUCUGUUGCAAGAGAUUUACACGAAAGGAAUCUCUGAUGAAGCAUCGGUGUGACAGCAAUGCCAACUCGACUGUGCUGCAGACUGGUGACAAUGCUGAUGAUAACAUAAGUUUUACACAAGAUGAUUCUGAGCUCUCCACUUCACAGCUGGAACCUGGAGAAAAGCCUACCACUGUACCAGCUGAUCAAUGGAAAUGUGACCGAUGCAAAAGGAAGUUUUCACAACGCCACCUACUGGCUAGCCAUGUGUGUAGUAGCAGCAAAGGGGAGGAAAAUGAGAAUACUCUACACCAGUGUGAUAUCUGUGAACAAAGUUUCCGCACUGUGAAAUAUCUUUUCCGCCAUUUAGCGAUGCAUACAGAUAUUUUCAAGUGUGAGCAAUGUGGCCGCUGCUUCUCACGCAAGGAUUCUAUGCAGAAACACAUCCUGCGUUGUGACCCAGCAAGGGCUACUGCAGAAAACAUUCAUUCCUGCCACAACUGUGGUCGCACUUUCUCAACAAAACUUGGCCUUGAAAAUCACCUGCUUCGCUGUUUCUCGUUGCAUUGCUUCAAAUGUCGACGGUCAUUUGCUGUUGAGGAGGCUUUGAAAGAACACGAAUGCACGCCUUUGGCCGAGGAAUCCUCGAAAGAGAACGACAACAAGCUUAUGUGUCGAGUGUGUAAAAAGGCAUUUUCCAACUUGCAACAUCUGAACAAUCACGAGGCCACACACACGACAACCUAUGAAUGUGACAUCUGUCUGAAAGGAUUCAAUAGGAAUGAAGAGUUAAACUGGCACAAGAGGCUGUGUAUGAGCCAAGCAAUCAUUAAACGUGAAGGCUUUGUUGCAUGUCCCCAGUGUGAAAUUAAAUUCACUGAUGCUAAAGAGUACCGAGAUCAUUUCCAGAAGCAUACGCAUCCGUUUGAUUGUUCACGUUGUGGUAAAAGGUUCGUCAAACGAGGAAGCCUGCAGACCCAUUCUUGCCACAAGUUGUUAGAUGGAGAUGAGGCUCGUUGUGAGAUUUGUCUCAAGACAUUUCGCUCAGACAAAUACCUCAGUCGGCACCAAAUCAUCCACGGUGAACCUCAGUUUAAGUGUGAGGUGUGCAACAAGAUGUUCUAUCGCAAAGACUACCUCAAUGACCACAGCUGUCGUCUGCCUGACGGUACAUUGGUACGUGUUGUUCGACGCCACAACCAGGUCUACAUCCACGACAAUCUUAUCUGCCACCUGUGUGGCAAGUCUUUUGUCACCGUCAGCAACCUGAACAAACACCUGAAGUGCCAUGGGGAGAAGACGUGUGAGUGCGACAUCUGUGGAAAACGUUUCCAUUACAUCACCUACCUGAAAGAGCACAAGGCCUCUGUGCAUGAGAACAAGUACCAGCACCAGUGUGCCGAGUGUGGUAAAAUAGUGAAGACCAAGACCAGCCUGGUGUCACACAUGAGGCAGUUUCAUUCAGAUGCACCACCGAAGUACAUAUGCAAGACAUGUGGCAAGGAAUUCCGCCAGAAGGGCAACAUGAAAACACACAUGUUCUCACACUCACAGGAGAAACACUUUGUCUGUUCGUAUUGCGACAAGAAGUUCAAGUAUCCAGAUCAAUUGAAUCGACACCGACUUGAGCACACCAUGACCAACAAGCUGAUGUGUGAGUACUGCGGAAAGAAGUUUGUCAAGAGCUACGAAUUGCGAAAGCAUACGCAGAUUUUUCACAGUGGCUUGAUGUACGUCUGUGAUUGCUGCAAUGCCAAAUGCGGACACCGCCAUACGCUGAUCCGGCACUACCGGAAGAAACAUCCCGAACGACUGCACAAACUAAAGGAACUGAACUUUCUGGGUAACCUCCGCAAACAGGUCGAUCGCUCACAGAAGAACAGCAUGAAAAAUGAAUCGAACCUCACGGUGAAGAGCACCGACAUCAGCAAUGAAGAGGACAAUAAUGACAACAGCGACAACGGGAAUAAAGAAGAGGAGACCAUCAUCACCCUCGGAGCUGAUACAAGCAUUGCUGUAGCCACCACUGAUGGGGUUCUGCCAAGAAUAGCUGCCGAAGCUCUUCACAGUUUGUCCAAUGCUGUCUUCACUGGACAAGGAGACAGUAUCCGGGUGCCUGAAAUACAUCCAACUGUUGUCGAAGAAGAUGGCCAUACAGUUGUCAUACUACAGUUUGUGAACCAGACAGAAGAGGGCGAAGAGGAGACAGUGAUAUGUGGACAGGAAGUUGAAACUGCAGUUGCAGAGGCCAGCAAGAUCAUUUGAGGGACUGGUUACGUCAGUUGUAUAUGUGUUUCACUGGAUAACCACGAGUGUAUAUAUGCCAGUAAUUGCGUAUCAUUGCAUGAGUGUGCGUGCGUUUUUUUUUUUGUUUGUUUUGUUUUUUCUUCAGUUGUUGUGUAAUUCUGUUUGUGUUUAAGCGUGUGCAUAAUUGUGCAUACAUUCAUGUGAGAGAGACAAACAGACACUAAAAGAGAGCUGCUGUGUAAUUGUGUAUGCUAAUGAAUAUGCAAAUGAUGUUUGCAGAUGCAUAUCUGUGUGUGUGUGUGUGUGAGCUAGCACGUAAGAGUGUGUAUUGCAUGAUCUUGUCUUCUAGGUGUUUGUAUUUUAGCGGCAGUGUGCAGCAGAUGUGUUACAUUACUACAUGUUCAUGCACUCUGGGCUGUGGCUCAGAGGCAAACAUAUAUAUAUAUAUAUAUAUAUAUAUAUAUACACACACACACACA